AUGGCUUCUACGGAUUCUGUCCCCAAGGCUAUGGAGGCUCUCAACAUCUCCAAGACCAAGGAGCUCAAAGGUGCAGGUCCAACUUCCUCCACCACUGAGAAGCGAGACACUUUGAUCGCACUCGAGAAGAAAUAUCAACAGAAAUGGCAGGACGAGAAAGUCUUUGAAGCCAAUGCUCCCACCACGGAUGAGGUGCCCCUCCACUCCAUUCCCGCCGCCGAACUUCGGGAGCAGCAGCCCAAAUUCUUUGGAACCAUGGCCUACCCUUACAUGAACGGAACCCUUCACGCUGGUCACUCUUUCUCCGUCAGCAAGGUUGAAUUCGCCGCUGGUGUUGCACGCAUGCAGGGAAAGCGAACCCUCUUCCCCAUGGGCUUCCACUGCACUGGUAUGCCCAUCAAGGCUUGUGCCGACAAGCUCGUCAACGAAGUUAAGAUGUUCGGUCAAGACUUUGGGGGCUACAAGGAUGAUGAACCUGUCGUCGAAGAGAAGACUCCGGCUGCCAAACAAGCCAAGGAGGACAUCACGAAGUUCAAGGCUACAAAAGGCAAGGCUGCAGCAAAGGCUGUCAAAAUGAAGUAA